CGCUGUCCGCCUGCUGUUUCCCCGCUGCUCGCUGCUGCUGCUGCCGCUGCCGCCGCCUGCCCUCAUUUCCAAUGCAGCAGCGACCAUGACAGGCAUCGCCGCUGCUUCUUUCUUUUCCAACGCUUGCAGGUUCGGGGGCUGCGGACUUCACUUCGACACUCUGGCCGAGCUCAUCGUGCAUAUCGAGGAUAACCACAUCGACACAGACCCCCGUCUGCUGGAGAAGCAGGAGCAGCAGCAGCCUACAUAUGUUGCCCUCAGCUACAUCAACAGGUUCAUGACAGAUGCUGCACGGCGAGAGCACGAGACUCUGAAGAAGAAGGUGCAGCCCAAAUUGUCUCUGUCUCUGACAGGCAAUCUGUCUCGCAGCAGUGUUUCCACUCCGCCUCGCCAUACCAGUGGAAACCUCACCCCUCCAGUUACCCCACCCAUCACCCCUUCCUCUUCCUUCCGUAGCAGCACGCCCACAGGUAGUGAGUGUGAUGAAGAGGAGGUAGACUUUGAGGAGUCAGACAGUGAUGAGUCGUGGACCACAGAGAGCGCCAUCAGCUCUGAGUCCAUCCUCAGCUCCAUGUGCAUGAACGGAGGAGACGAGAAGCCAUUUGCCUGUCCUGUCCCAGGCUGUAAAAAGAGAUACAAGAAUGUGAACGGGAUCAAGUAUCAUGCCAAGAACGGCCACCGAACCCAAAUAAGGGUGCGCAAACCCUUCAAGUGCCGGUGUGGGAAGAGCUACAAAACAUCUCAGGGUCUCCGCCACCACACCAUCAACUUCCACCCACCCAUCUCUACUGACAUCAUCCGCAAGAUGCAGCAGUAGAGAUGGAGUGAGCAACCAGCACUCUCCUUUAGGACAUUCCCCAAUCAUCUGAACUCCACCGUCACCAGCAAAGGCUGUUUCUUCUCCCACAUUGUUCCUUUCAUCUUCCAACCCCUGUCCUUCUCUUUCUCUUUCUCUUAUCCCACUAUGCUAUGACACUAUUUUUUCAUAUUUUGCAUGUUAUAAAUGUUUUAUUAUUCGUGCUUAAUUUUUAUUCAGAAUUUUAAAUCUUUAUUAUGUAGUUCACAGUUUUGUAUUUUGCACAUUCAAGCUAUCAUAUCUAUUUGAAUUUAUUUUUUGACACAUGGUGCUCGUUGGUGAUGACAGCAUGUCGUAGAGUAGAGAAUGGUCCACACCAAGGUAGCCUAGCAUGUAGGACGUCCUGCUUUAAAGGCAGUGUGAAGUCAGACGAAACUGAGGAAAGAUUUGGAUGUUUUAUUUGAGGAAGGAGGCACCGUUACCAUGGCUGUAAUACAAUGUCUCAUUUAAGUGCUUAAAUGCGACAGAGGCAAACAAACAAACAAAAAAAAAGUGUGUUACAUCAGAAAUCCAACCUGAAACAAUAUGUACAUGUUUGAUUCUUAAUCAGAUUUAAUGUUAAUAAUCAGUUUUUGGAAUUUUCCUUUCAUAUCACAAAUAUUCCAAACCUUUUUUUUUCUCAUUUGUUUUACUGCAAACACGUGUGUGUGAGCACCAAAGGAUGAUCUCAGGUGAUGUUUGCAAGCAUUUCAGCACCACAAUCCUGCCCAAGUGUUCUGACCCAAGGAUCAUGGGAACUCAGGGUUCCUAAUGCUCCCGGUCACUUUCCUGAAGACUUAAGCAGUUCUCCUUGCUACUUUACAAGUGAGGAAUUGAAGCACUUUUUGUAACAAGUUGCCAACAAAUAAACAUUUUAGUCAAUAUCUCGUUUCCGGUGUAUGUACAGUAGCUGCCGAAACGAGGCAAAAGGCCUUCAGAGCAGAAAGUUUGCAAGUUCUACAUUGCACCAAGGGAAGAUGUACACCAAACCUCCAGUGUUUCCAGUAUUGUUAUAUUUCUGUAUGUAGUUGCCUUGAAUUGUAAACCAUUCCAAUCAGUACAGAUCUUUCUAUGGCUUUAUUUUGACAAGUGCAGACAAAGUCAGCCGAAUACAGACAUUAUUCCCCGGGUCAUGUGAAUCUAUGUGAUUGUCCUUGUCAUGGAUAAAAGAAAAAAGGGGGCUUGUAAGCAUUCUCACAGUUGUGCUGUUAGGCUGUAAGAGACACACUUCGGCUCCUGCUGUGCCAUAACAAUGUAAUGUCAGUUGAGCAAACGUUGAAUCAUUAAUAAUGAACCGCAGAAUCUCAAGUUGCCACCAGACAGCUGAUUUAUCAACAGUGAGCCAUUAAAUAACAUCUUCACUGCAUGGAUGUUAGUGUUAAGGAACUACAAACCAAUUGAGAAUUGUGACAGUAUUGUACUGCCAGUAUGGAGGUGAAGUCUUUGAUAUAGUGUACAGUGAAUGUAUUGUUAUGUGUUAAGUGCAUUAAAUUAUAUUUUCAUAUGUUUCUGGAAAUAAAAAAAGAAUCAAACAAUACUUUAAUGUGUAUGAGGUAGAGGCAAAACCAGAGGUUGUUUGGAGAAACUCAUGGUGAUGUACUGUAUUUCUUCAAAAAAGCUGCUUCAUGUAAACUUUUGUUACAUUUAGAAUAAAAAUUCCUCUGAUGUGUGCCUAAAGA